AGACCCAGAAAGAGUGAGCUUUACACUUGACUUCUUUAAACCUAAUUAAUAUUGGUAGUGAUCUUAAGUUCAUGAUGGGUAGAAAUUUCAAGUUGGUUUUUGUUUUGGUGAUGGCAAUGGCUGUGUUGCUCGAAGGGUCGAGAGUGUUGGGUUUGUGCAAUAUGAGCGAUGAAGGCUUAGCUUCUUGCAAGCCAGCGGUGGCAAAGGCAACACCAGAGAAGCCAAACCCAGAUAAGCCAACUCCCGAGUGUUGUGUGGCUCUCAAAGGAGCUGACUUGAAAUGCCUCUGUGGAUAUAAGAACUCGUUUCUUUUGCCUUCUUUGGGCAUCGACCCUGCCCUUGCCAUGGCUCUUCCUGCUAAGUGCAACCUCACCCCUCCUGCCGAUUGCUAGGAGCUAAGCUAAUCAUCCACAUCAAAUAUUUGUUUUCAAUCUUUUUUCUGUGUGUGUGUGUGUUCGUGUUGUGCUGUGGUUUAAGCUUAUCUGUAUCUUUUUCUUCUUCUUUUUUAAAUUGUAAUUGGUUUGUCUAAUGAAUUCUAUAUUUUGUUUAAGAAAAUGAAUGUGAAGUGUGGAAGCAACACGCCUAUCCUUAAGAUCA